CCUGAAGAUCGGUUCACGAUUCGAUGCCGGGUUCUUUUACGUAGAGUCAAUUAUCAUUGUUGUUGGAUUUGGAGCAAAUGUAUGUCUAUGUCGUUCUCUGUCGUCUGCUAGGUUUCACGACUAUAGAUAGUUAUAGUAGCGCUUCUUGUUCUUCUAAUGAAUUUAUAUCCAUAUUGUAAAUCAAUUCUAC